AUGGGAAAAGAAAAAAAAACAAAAAGAUUUUAUGCUUUAGAUUAUUCUGACCAAUGUACAAAAAAUUAUUAUCGUUUACUAUUAGACUAUGAAGAAUCUAUCUAUACAGCACCAACGAACAAUGUUGAACGUCGAUCAAACGCUGAAAAUAUUAAAGUAGGCAAUGUAGUUUGGUCCAAAUAUGAAUCAAACAUGUUUUUCAAAGCAUUGGCCCGUUUUAGUAAGAAACGUCCAGUAGAAAUAGCAAAAUGGAUUGGUACUAAAACCCCAAUAGAAGUGAUGGAGUUAAUUGACUAUUAUGACAAAGAAGUGAAACUUUUUUCGGAACUUGGCCUGCUUGAACGAUUAUGUCAUAAAGAUAUUCCUGCCGCUAGAGAGAUGAGUGAUGAAUGGUUAGAGUUUGAAGCUAGCCAGGUUGAGGAGCUUCAAAAAAAAACAGAAAGGAUUACAAAAAUUGAAAAAAAAGCAUUAUUUAAUGUGAAACAUGGAUUGAUAAAAGAUGGCGAGGUUGAUCAACGCAAGUUGAAUUUAUUUAAGAGUAAGACUCUUGUUACUUUGAUUAAGAGAUGUACUGGAAAGGAAAAAAAUUUUUAUGUGCAUAUUGAUACUAUUAAUAAACUUUAUGAUAUUCUAAAAGAUCGAUUGGCUACAAUAAUUUAUAAACUAAUGGUAAUCUGUGACCAAUACAAAAGAUUAACAAAUGAAGACAAAUUGAUAUCAAAAAGUGAUAUAGAUCAUGUAUUGAAAUUCAAUGAAAAACAAUCAAUGCCAGCACCACCAGAAAUUUCACAUAAUGUACUUAAAGUUGAAAAAGAAGAUGAUGUUGAUAUUAUUCUUAAUGUAGAUCAACAGAAAGAUUAUGUUACUGAUAAACUUGAUAGAUUGAGAGAUGAGCAUUAUGAGAAGGAAUUGAAAAAUAUUCUGGAUAAAAAUGGUAAUAAUACAGGUGAUGAUAAUACAGGUGAUGAUAAUAUUGGUAUAGAUGGCAAUAAUACAGGUGAUGAUAAUACAGGUGAUAAUAAUACGGGUGUAGAUAGCAAUAAUAAGGGUGAUGAUAAUACAGGUGGUAAUAAUACGGGUGUAGAUGGCAAUAAUACAGGUGAUGAUAACACAGGUGGUAAUAAUACGGGUGUAGAUGGCAAUAAUACGGGUGGUAAUAAUACGGGUGUAGAUGGCAAUAAUACGGGUGAUGAUAAUACAGGUGGUAAUAAUACGGGUUCAACAUUAAUAUUAAAUGAUUUGCAAAUGAUUGUCAACUAUGCUAAAUUUUGUCAACUAUGCUAA